AUGAAUGAAAACUUAGAACAGCACUUUGUUGUGAAACCCCACUUGCAAAACACCAUUAAUUUAGUUCAAAAGAACCACAAAACUGCUCAAAAUGGCAAAGGUGGACCUACCCAGGAACCCCAUAACCUCAAACCUCAAAAUCAGUCCUCACCUCCAUCAAAAAUUAGAGGAAGAAGGGGAAGAGGCGGGCGAAAAUCUGAUCAAGGUGAGGCCUUUAUGCGACCUAGUUCAAGGCCGUGCACUGUAGUGAAUAAGCCAGUUACUGCUGAACAAGGCAGAGCCAUUAUACCAGCCGUAAAUAAUGGGUCGAUUGGGACAGAAAGCAACUUGUGUGAAGUGGACACGGGGUUUCCUUCAUCAAGCAAGUCUUUGAGUUUUGCACGCAGGCCUGGGUAUGGGCAAAUUGGGACAAAAUGCAUUGUGAAGGCCAACCAUUUCUUUGCUGAGUUACCAGACAAGGAUUUGAACCAGUACGAUGUAAGUAUAACCCCUGAAGUGGCAUCGAGAAUGGUCAACAGGGCUAUUAUUGCAGAACUUGUGAAAUUGUAUAAGGAAUCUGAUUUAGGAAUGAGAUUGCCUGCAUAUGAUGGUAGAAAGAGUCUGUACACAGCUGGCGAGCUUCCUUUUGCUUGGAAAGAGUUCACGGUCAAGCUUAUUGAUGAAGAGGAUGGAAUAAACGGUCCCAAGAGACAGAGGGAAUAUAAAGUUGUGAUCAGGUUUGUUGCACAGGCAAACUUGCACCAUUUAGGCCAAUUUCUUGCUGGCCAGCGCGCGGAUGGUCCAACGGAAGCACUUCAAAUUCUUGACAUUGUGUUGAGAGAGCUCUCAAUGAAAAGGUACUGCCCUGUUGGGAGAUCCUUCUUUUCUCCGGAAAUACGAAGACCACAAAGACUUGGAGAUGGCUUAGAGGCAUGGUAUGGAUUCUACCAGAGUAUAAGACCCACCCAGAUGGGCCUGUCGCUUAAUAUUGAUAUGGCUUCAGCUGCCUUUAUUGAAGCUCUUCCAGUUAUAGAAUUUGUAGCCCAACUUCUAGAAAAAGAUGUUCUUUCAAGGCCCUUAUCCGAUUCUGACCGUGUUAAGGUUAAGAAGGCCCUUAGAGGAGUGAAAGUCGAGGUGACUCACCGUGGUAAUGUACGAAGGAAAUAUCGAGUUUCUGGCAUUACAACUCAGCCCACCAGAGAACUAGUAUUUCCUGUUGAUGACAACUCAACCAUGAAGUCAGUUGUUGAAUAUUUUCAAGAAAUGUAUGGUUUUACAAUUCAGUAUACUCAUCUGCCUUGCCUUCAAGUAGGAAACCAGAAGAAGGCCAACUAUUUGCCAAUGGAGGCCUGUAAAAUUGUUGAGGGGCAACGAUAUACAAAAAGGUUGAGCGAGAAACAAAUUACUGCUCUUCUGAAGGUGACAUGCCAGAGACCACGCGAUCGAGAAAAUGACAUUCUGCAGACUGUCCAAAAUAAUGCAUAUGAACAAGAUGAAUAUGCGAAGGAGUUUGGGAUAAAAAUCAGCGAAAAACUUGCUUCUGUGGAGGCUAGAGUACUUCCUGCUCCCUGGCUGAAAUAUCACGACACUGGUAAAGAAAAGAAUUGCUUGCCCCAAGUUGGUCAAUGGAAUAUGAUGAACAAGAAAAUGAUCAAUGGGAUGACUGUCAGCCGAUGGGCAUGUAUUAACUUUUCACGUGGCGUCCAAGAGAGUGUUGCUCGUGGUUUUUGCAACGAUUUGGCACAAAUGUGUCAAGUAUCUGGAAUGGAAUUUAAUCCUGAACCGGUCAUUCCAAUCUACACGGCAAGGCCUGAUCAAGUAGAGAAAGCUUUGAAGCAUGUUUAUCAUGCUUGUAUGAAUAAAUUAAAAGGAAAAGAACUAGAGCUUCUAUUAGCCAUUUUGCCUGACAACAAUGGGUCCCUAUAUGGUGAUCUGAAGCGAAUAUGUGAAACUGAUCUGGGUUUGAUUUCCCAAUGCUGCCUUACGAAACAUGUCUUCAAGAUCAACAAGCAAUAUUUGGCUAAUGUGUCCUUGAAAAUAAAUGUUAAGAUGGGUGGCAGAAACACAGUUCUCUUAGAUGCUAUAAGCUGUAGAAUACCAUUGGUUAGUGACAUACCAACGAUCAUAUUUGGAGCAGAUGUGACACACCCUGAGAAUGGGGAGGAGACGAGUCCAUCAAUAGCUGCUGUCGUAGCUUCUCAAGAUUGGCCUGAGGUCACAAAGUAUGCAGGACUGGUUUGCGCUCAAGCUCAUAGACAAGAACUGAUACAAGAUUUAUAUAAAACCUGGCAUGAUCCUGUUUGUGGAACAGUUAGUGGCGGCAUGAUCAGGGAUCUUUUGGUCUCCUUCAGAAAGGCCACUGGGCAGAAACCACAGAGGAUAAUAUUUUACAGGGAUGGCGUGAGUGAAGGGCAGUUCUAUCAAGUCUUAUUAUUCGAGUUGGAUGCAAUUCGGAAGGCUUGUGCCUCUUUGGAACCAAACUACCAACCCCCUGUGACGUUUGUAGUGGUACAAAAACGACAUCACACCAGGCUGUUUGCAAACAACCAUCGGGACAAAAGCAGCACUGACAAGAGUGGAAACAUAUUACCUGGCACGGUGGUUGAUUCUAAAAUCUGUCAUCCAACGGAGUUUGACUUUUAUCUCUGUAGCCAUGCUGGUAUUCAGGGAACUAGUCGGCCAGCACAUUACCAUGUCCUUUGGGAUGAAAAUAAUUUUACUGCUGAUGGAAUUCAGUUGUUGACAAAUAAUCUCUGCUAUACAUAUGCAAGAUGCACGCGUUCUGUCUCCGUGGUUCCUCCCGCUUAUUAUGCACAUCUGGCUGCAUUUCGGGCAAGAUUCUACAUGGAACCAGAUGUUCAGGAAAAUGGCUGCAGUACCGGUCAAGGUUGCAAGGGUGCACGAGCAGUGGGAGAGUCCGUACGCCCAUUGCCGGCCCUCAAAGAAAAUGUAAAAAGAGUAAUGUUUUAUUGUUAG